AUGGCAGGUAAGAUCCAAGUUAAGAAUCCGGUUGUGGAUUUAGAUGGGGACGAAAUGACUAGAAUCAUUUGGAAGCUCAUUAAAGAGCAAUUGAUUCUCCCUCACUUAGAUAUUGAUAUCAAAUAUUUUGAUUUGGGUAUUGAAUACCGAGACCGAACCGACGACCAAGUAACCAAUGAUGCUGCUAAGGCCAUUGAAAAAUACGGGGUUGGGAUUAAGUGUGCUACAAUCACUCCCGACGAAGCUAGAGUUAAAGAAUUCAACUUGAAGAAAAUGUGGUUAUCACCAAACGGUACUUUGCGUAAUAUUUUGGGAGGGACUGUUUUCAGAGAACCAAUUGUUAUUAAUAAUAUUCCCCGGAUUGUUCCUACUUGGGAACAGCCAAUCAUUAUUGGUAGACAUGCUUACGGAGACCAAUACAAGGCCACUGACGUUAUAAUCCCGCAAGCUGGGAACUUGGAGCUUGUUUUCAAACCCGAUGACGGGUCAGAAACUCAAAGCUACCCGGUGUUCCAUUACGACGCUCCGGGGGUGGCAUUGUCAAUGUAUAACACCGAUGAAUCAAUCACCGAUUUUGCAGAAUCUUCCUUUAAAUUUGCAAUUGAACGUAAAUUGAAUUUGUUUUCCCUGACUAAAAAUACCAUCUUGAAGAAAUACGAUGGUCGUUUCAAAGAUAUUUUCGAAAACUUGUAUGACACCAAAUAUAAAUCAACCAUGGACCAAUUGGGCAUCUGGUAUGAACAUCGUUUAAUCGAUGAUAUGGUUGCCCAAAUGUUGAAGUCAAAGGGUGGCUUUGUCAUUGCCAUGAAAAACUACGACGGUGAUGUCCAAUCAGACAUUGUCGCCCAAGGCUUUGGUUCUUUGGGUUUAAUGACUUCGGUUUUAAUGACCCCCAGUGGUAAAAUCACCUUAACCGAAGCUGCUCACGGGACCGUCACCAGGCAUUUCCGUAAUUGGACUCAGGGUAAAGAAACCUCCACCAACUCAAUUGCCUCCAUCUUUGCUUGGACCAGAGGUUUGAUCAAGAGAGGUGAAUUGGACUCCACUCCCGACGUGGUCAAGUUUGGUGAAGCUUUGGAAAAAGCAGUCGUCGAUACCGUGUUGAGCGGUACCAUGACUAAAGAUUUGGCCUUGGCCCAAGGUAAAACAGAAAGAUCUUCCUACGUCACCACCGAAGGCUUCAUCGAAGCCGUCGCCAAAAGAUUAUCCGAUAGCUUAUAA